AGAAUGCUCCAAGAUUCAAGAUUCAAAACUUCCAAAUUUCUUGCCCAUGGUUCAGCUUCUCUUAGCAUACAAUAUUCAGCUUGGCGCAGGCGAAGCAUGGAAUGACAAUGAUGGGAUCAUUCCUCAAUCACUUAGUGGCAUAAUUCCCCCAAAUUUGUAA